AUGACCGAGGACGAAGUCAGGGUGAACCUCGGCUUAGAUUCGAUCAAGACUCAUAAGUGGACAAUCCUGCCUUGCAGUGCGAUAACAGGGAAGAAUCUCCACGAGGGUUUGAACUGGGUCGUGCAGGAUGCGAAGGACAGAUUGUUCCUCUACUAA